AUGUCGUGUGCUUUGGUGAGUGCUUCUGGGGUCAGGGUCACGCUUGAAGACGGGAGAGCAGUGAUCUUGGGUCGGACUCCAGCCACAGGAGUCACGGAUAAGAAAUGUUCAAGACAACAGGUGAAGGCAGUGGCUUGUUUUGCAGAAAAGUCUGUGGUUAUUACUCAGCUCGGGCCCAACCCCAGUUAUCUGGAGAAAGAAAAGCUGUCCCGAGGUCAGUCUGGGAAGCUGAGUCAUGGAGGAAUUCUGUACAUGGUGAAUCAGGGACACCCAUUUAAACUGCAUUUCACCAUGAACUCCAACGGAACGUCGUCUGCAAAACACACUGGACUAAAAGCAAAAGACAAAACGAAAGGAGUUGAAAAGGAGGCUCACAGUCGACAGCCAAAGAAGAGUUUGAAAGAUUUUUUUCCCACGUCACCAAUAAAGUCUACCAAGAGGUCGCUGAGCCCAGAGAAAGAGCAACCUGAAGUGAAGCGCCUGAAACGGGAAAGGGCUGAGGAAGAUGAUGAAGACGAGAAGAUGGCGGAGGAGAAGCUGAUGGAGCUACAGGCACUGGCCGCACGCUCGGCCUCCCAUACGGAGAACUCAACCCGAGCUGUGACGGUCUCUUCUGAUGCCUGUACCAAGAGCAGCUGGCAACAGAUCAGCAAUUUAAUGGUUUACACUGCAGCGGGAGUCAGAGCUAGUGACAAGAUUGCUGGGUUUGAUAUAGACGGCUGCAUCAUCACCACUAAGUCUGGAAAAGUAUUCCCCACUGCACCUGAUGACUGGAGAAUUCUGUAUUCUGAGAUCCAGCCCAGACUUGCCAGUUUGCUCAAGAAAGGUUACAAGGUUGUGUUUUUCACAAACCAAAUGGGUAUCGCUAAAGGCAAACUGAGGCCAGAGGUGUUCAAGUCUAAAGUGGAGGAUAUUCUUGCCACAUUAAAGCUGCCUGUCCAGGUUUUUGUAGCCAGUGGUCCCGGGAUUUUUAGGAAGCCAGUAGUCGGAAUGUGGACGCAUUUGUGUGAGAAGGCAAAUGAGGGCGUGUCAGUGGACAAGGUGCAGAGCUUCUAUGUCGGAGAUGCAGCAGGACGACCAGAGAACUGGGCUCCUGGGAAAAAGAAGAAGGACUUCUCCUGCAGUGACAGAUUGUUUGCCCUGAACCUCGGGCUACAGUUCCACACUCCUGAAGAGUACUUUCUGGGAUGGAAGAGCGCCCCCUAUAAACUGCCUGAGUUUGACCCCAGAAAGUUGGACUGUAAUGCUCCGCUGUGGGAGCCCUCAUCUUCCUCUCUGAUCUCAGAUAAAACAGAAGUGAUCGUCGCUGUGGGUUUCCCUGCAUCUGGAAAAUCCACGUUCUUCCACUCUCACGUGGUUCCAGAGGGUUACGCGUACGUGAACAGGGACACGCUGGGAUCGUGGCAGAGUUGCGUCGCCGCCUGUGAGCGUGCGCUGAGAGAUGGACGCAGCGUUGCCGUGGACAACACCAACCCAGACCCAGAGUCCCGCAAACGCUAUCUGGACGUGGCUAAAGCUGCAGGAGUGCCGUGUCGCUGCUUCCAGUUCACCGCGAGUUUAGAACAAGCCAAACACAACAACAGGUUUCGAGAAAUUGCUCCAUCAGAAACCAAACACGCCAAAGUCAACGACAUGAUUUUCCACAGCUACAAAAAACACUUUGUGGCGCCAACGCUUUCAGAAGGAUUUAGUGAAAUAUUGAAGGUUCACUUUGUGCCAAACUUCAAAGACCCAGAGUCAGAAGCGCUUUUCAGAAUGUUCUCUGAAGGAUGA